CCCACUUCCUGAGGCACCUCAGACGCUCUCCCGGGCCCCUCGCACCCUAGACGGAUGGACGCGAUGGCCUGGCGGGGCCUGGUGGUGGCCGCUGUCCUGCAGACCCAACUCCUGCCCGCAGAGGCCCAGAGCUUCGGCCUGCUGGACCCGCGACUCUGCUACCUGCUGGACGGUUUCCUCUUCAUCUAUGGCAUCGUCAUCACCGCCCUCUUCCUGAGGGCCAAGUUCAGCCGCAGUGGGCCCAUAGAUCCGUCGGGUCAGAACCAGGUCUACAUUGAGCUGGGCGCUGGCCGAGACGAGUAUGACGCCCUGUACAAGGGCCGCGGUCAGAACCCCGAAAGCAGGAGCAAACCGAGAAGGACACACCACCAGGAAGGCCUGUACAACGCCCUGCAGAAAGACAGGAUGGCGGAGGCCUACAGCGAGAUCGGCAUGAAGGGAGAGAACCAGCGCCACAGAACCAAGAACCACGAUGGCCUCUACCAGGGGCUCAGCACGGCCACCAAGGACACCUACGAUGCCCUCCACAUGCAGGCCCUGCCGCCCCGCUAGCGCUCAGCUUCCGGCCCCCAGACCAGAUCCCCUCCCCC